AUCUCUAAUAUGUGUAAAGCAGCCAUUUGUAGUAUUUGCCACAACAAGUCUUGGAUUGGAUGUGGAUUACACAUUCCCGGCGUCAUGGAUCAUACGCCCAAAACUAGUUGGUGUACGUGUGAUCACUCUGAUGAGUCUUCCGACUUGUCGUACCCUCCUAAAGCCGGCACUGGGUUUGCCAAAAAAACCACCAUCGAUUAGGCCCAUACUGGUAUGUAUAGAGCAUCAGCCAAUGUCGCUGACUCGUGCCAAUUGUGUAGAAUGAAUCAAUGUUUGUAUCGAAUAAACGUCUCACCUCGCACAACCCCUCCUCGGUUGUUCGCACCAUUCGUCCACCGCGAUUCGCUCAAGUGCAGUCAUGCGUUCGCCCACCGAAGGGUUUU